AUACGCUUGGUAAUAAAGACGAGCUAGGAGAGAGAUUAAAUACCCAUUUUGAUAAGAAAAAAGGGAAAUUACCGUCAAAUUUGAAUGAUGCCAAUAGUAAUGCUGGGUUUCUAGAAUUAGUUGAAGGCCAAAGUAUUAAUAAUGAUAAUGACUUAAUUGAAGUAGAGAUAGAUUUUGUUUCUGAAAAUAAAGAACCUUUGGAAUUAAAGUCACAUUUGGGCAGUGAAUAUAAUUUCAAAAACCAAGCAGGAAGUACGUCUGGAAUAUCACACUUGAGGAAUAAGGAGUAUGGUCAGCAGGUUCCGAAAUUAAAAGUCCAAACGGAUGUGGUGCCAGUUGAUAUGUUUCUUUCUGCCUUGAAUAAUAUAGAAAGAAAGAUUGAUUAUAAUUUUGAGGCAUUGCAAGACCAAUGUUUUAAAGAAACGGAACAAGAAAGUUUGCUGAGCGAAGCUUGGCCGCGGGUUAAGUUGGAAAAGCCCUGUGACCAAUACGAAUAUGAUUUUUUGAUUGGGGGUGAAAUUGAAUCACGUGCAGUUACUUUUUGGUUGGCGAAUGAUAGAGGAUGGAAGGUGGCAUUACAAGUGGUUGGAGGAAAUGACAAGAUGAUGCAAAAAUAUAAAGACCAAAUUGGAAUGGUAACAAGCGCUUUACCUUCAAUAGGAGCAAAUACUUGGAACUACAGUAGAAAGUUUUUUAAAAGAAAUUAUAGGAAGUCACAAAUUAAAAGAAAGUAUAGGGUAGAGUCUGCAUCUACUUCUUCGGAAUCAGAAUCGGAGGAAAGGAAAAAAGAAAAAAUGGAUACUAUUCCUUUCGCAACAAAAGGCCACAUGGAUCAAAUGGAUUAUCAAAGUCAAUUGUAUGUUAUAACUGCAGAGGAAUCGGGCAUAUCUCACCCAACUGCUCUUCAACUAACUCAAAAGUACCAACAGAAAGAUCUCGACUCAAACAAGAUGAUUGACAACGCUCGGCAUUCGAAAUGGGAUUAUCAGGGAAGUAGAGCCGUGGAGGAACAAAAAAUGGCGGUUUAUAGCAGUAAAG